CGCAUUUUCACUCAUCAACCAUGUCUUACCCCAUGAGUGAGGACGAUGAUGUAUCUGAGUUCGAGAGAUUGGAGUCAACCCUCCCUGAAGCCUUGAAACGGUCUUCUUCCUCAUUAAUUGAUUUGCUUCAAAACAAUGAAAAUAUCUCUCUUCCCACCGCCAGAAAUCCCAGAGAGUCCAUGAAGGAUAAGCUCUACCAAAAACUAAGUGCUGGAAGAGAAUCGUCACCGGUGCCAUUGCCAAAACCCAAGUUCAAUGAAGAUAUUCAUAAACCGGCAAUGAACUCGCAGCAGUCGUCGACGGGGGUUCUUUGGGUUACUGAGAGGGCCAAUGAAUAUGGGUUUGGUCAGACCGACGAGGAAGAUAAAAAAUGGGCCAACUUGGGCCAAGGUGCCCCUGAGCACGGUGACACCAUUCCCGGCUCAUUCAAGAGGCCUACUUCCAUCCCAAUCCCCGACAAGUCCAAGGAGUAUGCUCCAACUGCCGGUAUAAAACCGUUGAGAGAGGCGGUGGCCCAUUAUUACAACGAGACUUACCGUCUCACCAAACAGUCCAAAUACACAUGGAAGAACGUGUGUAUUGUUCCAGGGGGAAGAGCCGGACUCACAAGAAUUGCCUCCAUCAUCAAGGAUUGCUAUCUCUCGUUUUUCUUACCUGACUAUACUGCGUACGCGGAGAUGUUGUCGUUGUUCAAGAAUUUUAGUCCUAUUCCAGUGCCAUUGAACGAACAGGACAAUUACAACUUCCACUUGAACUUGAUCAAGAAUGAGUUGAAGCGGGGGGUUAGUGCUUUGUUGACCUCCAAUCCCAGAAACCCAACGGGCAGGUGCUUGACUAAACACCAGCUUCACCAGUUGCACAAGAUGUGCAGGGAAAAGUGCUUGUUGAUCAUGGAUGAGUUUUAUUCCCACUAUUAUUAUGAUGAUGGCUGUACCGGGUCAUCAAUUAGUUCUGCUGAGUUCAUUGAGGAUGUCAACAAGGACCCAGUUUUGAUUUUGAACGGUCUUACGAAAGCCUUUAGAUUGCCCGGGUGGAGAACUUGUUGGAUUCUUGGUCCUGAGGACUACAUAAAUGCUUUAAGUUCAGCAGGAUCAUAUUUGGAUGGAGGUUCAAACAGUCCUUUCCAGUACGCUGCCAUCGAAAUGUUGGAGCCAUUGAAGGUAAGGAACGAAAUGAAGGCCUUGCAGAUCCAUUUCAAAAUGAAGAGGGACUAUGUAUUGGCUAGACUCAAGAAAAUGGGUUUCAACAUCAACGAAACAAACACUCCCAACUCAACUUUCUAUUUGUGGUUGAACUUGUCCCACUUACCUCAUAAGUUGUCCAACUGUCUUGGGUUUUUCCACGAGUGUUUGCAUGAAAAGGUCAUUGUUGUGCCCGGUUUCUUCUUUUUGAUUAAUCCCCAGAAUUUAUCUCACUUGGAAGAUGUUAUCUGGUACAAUUACGUGAGAAUCAGUUAUGGUCCUGAGCUCCAUUAUUUGGAAUUGGGUAUGGAUGGGAUUGAGAGAAUCUUGAACCGUUUCAACUGUUUGCCUUAUGAUCCUUAAUGCUGCUAUGUAGUAUAAAUUAUAUACUUCGCCCAUGUGCACUGUGAUUUUUCGCAGCUUUCGAGCCGGCUUCUCAGGAAGUGGGCAAUCAUCAAUUAUUCGUA